AUGCUUGCCAUCGGGAUGGGAACACAAGCACAAUGGUCGGCUGGGAGUUGGUUCCAUGGCAACUUCACAACGAGAAAAGGGGCGUUGUCAAUCAGCACAGAUGUUCUCGUGGUUGCAAUGAUGACAGUCGCAAUGUUGUUGUUCACUUCGAUUUUAGGUGUGGAAGCCUUGAAAAGAUACUCCAGGAGCUGUGAAUGGUGCAAUGUGAAAACCGGCGUGGACUAUCAGCAGGGAUGGCUGCAUAGUGGCAAUGGGGGCAGUCAUGUUGUUGUUGUGUGGUGGGUUGUUCACUUCGAUUUUGGAUGUGGAGGCCUUCAAAGGAUGCUCCGAGAACCGAGAUGCACGUUGCAGUGGCAGACAAUAGGAUGA